AUGUCAGUCGAUUGCGGUGCUGAAGUGGAAUUUCAUAUGUGCCUCAUAUGCGAUGAAAAAUUUGAAAAAAAAGAUGCUUUGAAGUUGCAUCUUUUGAUUCAUACAAAUAGUGAAGAAAAUUUUGCUUUACAUCCUACAAAUACUAAUAAGUUUGAACUUUUUGAUUAUAAAGAUUUAUUAUUUAUUAAUGAUAGUUUUCUAUUGGAUGAAUUGAAUCUACAUAAUCAAUUAAAGGAAGUUUCAAAAUUCAAGGAAGUUCAUGUUUGCAGUACAUGUGGUAAAGAAUUUAGAAGAAAAGACCAUUUGAAUAAACACACUGCAGUUCAUUCUGGAGAAAGGCCAUUUGUUUGUUUAGUAUGUGGCAAAGAUUUUUCCAGAAAAGAUCGCCUGAAAGACCACUGUGUAAUGCAUUUAUCUAAUGGGUGGUCUUGUUACUUUUGUGGGAGAAUGUUUUCUCAGAGAUGUGUCCUUCGUAAGCAUGAAAUGAUACAUAGAGGGGUGAAACCAUUUUCCUGCAAGCUGUGUGACAGAAAAUUUUCUAGGAAAAAUGAUCUUUUGAGACAUGGAACAUCUCAUACAGGUGAAAAAACUCAUUUCUGUGAAGUAUGUGGUAAAGGCUUUUCACAAAAGCGAUUACUGAAGCGGCAUUUACAUAUUCAUACAAGAUUGUUAUAG